CAUGCAAUACAGCCUUACUUUAAAGCAAGGGUAAGCCCAUGGAAUACAUGAAAUCCCUGCCACACCCCAAAAUUCAGGUGUACCUGAAAGAAAUGUUAGAAAACAUAUUUUGACAAACAAAAGGGUGCCUGAAGCAGCUACAGAAUACCAAAAGGAUCAGGAUCAGUUUGUCUGGAAUCUAGUUUUGACAUUUUUGGUGUGACAUGGAUGCCAUUUAAGGUCCGCUUGAUGUUUCAGUCUCUAACUCCCAGGAUCCAUCAUCACUGGCUAUGCUGGUUAGGGCUUAUGGGAGUUUUAGGUCAGGACAGUUGGAAGAGCACAAUUGUUCAUGCCUGUACUGAAAUAUUUAUGUAGUGAAGCUUGGACAUGGUCUUCAUUCCUGAAGAUUGUAUUGAGAUUCCUGAAAUUGUAUUUAACUUUGAAUCACUGGGUAUGGUAUUCUUUACAGAUUUAUACAUAUUUUACUUUCUCCAGUCUGAUACUAUGUUUGUUUGUUCUGGUCUCAAUGUAGGGGCUACGAUUUUACCUAAGAAGAAACAAAAGCAAAAGAUUGAUUCUAGUACUGACAGUAUUAUAAAUUCCCAGAAGAAUAAUGUGGCAUGCCGCUUAUUGUCAGCCAGACUCCACAAAAUUAAAGAGCUGAAAAAUGAAGUGUCUGUUUUGAAGAAUAAAUUGGAGGCAUCUAAUAUGGAAAAUCAGAUCUUGAAGCGACUUCAGUAUCGACAUUUGAAAGCAAUAAGUAAAUAUGAACAUGCAGAAACAAAUCUGCCUGAUCUCAUGGCAAAACAUGUUGGUGAAGUGAGAACUGUAAGGAUACUUCUCAGGAAAUCUCAGGAACAGGAACGCAAUGCAUCCAGGAAGCUUAGAGAAGUCGAAGCACAACUGUUAAGGACAAAAGAUACUUUAAAGAUUCUGCAAAAACUUUCUGAAGACAAGAAUCUUGCAGAGAGAGGUGAACUUAAAAGAAGAUUAACAACCCUCACACAAAGAAUGGAAGCUAGUGAUAAAAAAAUUCAGGUAAUAUUCAGCAUAUUAAAUCAUUGUCUAGAAUUAUAGCAAGAAAUGUACGCUAGGAUCCUGCUGGAUUCCUCAUAAAUUCACCUGUUGCUUGGGUUCUUGCUUCAGCUAUAAAGUCUUACAUGGCUUAAGAUCACAGUACCUUUCAGAGCACCUCUCCCAGUCAUGAUCUACCUGGACACUCUGGGGUCUUCCUCUGAGUGCCAGCUCUGAGGGAAGUUUAGAGUGUC